AUGGAGAGUCUUGCCGAAGUGUUCCACUGGCUGAAGUUUAAGGUGGUGGAGCACAGAAAUAAAACUGCAGCUGAGAUGAAGAAUCUCCUCAAGGACGUGGGGAAGACAGUAGAUGGAGACUGCUUUGUGUGCUGCAUCCUCUCGCAUGGCAUAAAGGAAGGAGUCUGUGGAACCGAUGGUGCUGUUAUUUCUGUUGAUGAAAUACGAGAGCCUUUCAAUGGCAAAAACUGCCAGAGGCUAGCCGGGAAGCCCAAGCUGUUUUUCAUACAAGCAUGUCGUGGGAAAAGAAAUCAGCAACGUGUGCAUGUCCAAGCGGAUGCUCCAGAUGAUGGAGAGUCAGAGAUGGAGGAAGAUGGUGAUGGUUUUAAUAUCACAAUCCCGGCUGACACGGAUUUCCUUAUUGCCAGGUCAACCACUGAUGGUCACCUUUCUUAUAGAAGGCCAAAAGAGGGCUCCUGGUUUAUUCAGUCACUUUGCCGAAGUCUAAAGCAGCAUUGUCCAAUGGGUACAGACAUCCAGACCAUCCUGCUUACUGUGAAUAAUGAGGUUAGUAGUCAGGGAAUCAGGAGCAAACAGAUGCCCGUCCAAGAAGUCGCCAUGAGGAAGAUGCUGGUCCUGCUGCCAGUGUGAACCACUGAAAGCUCCUACAGCAUACAGCAUUUAUAAGGCAGUCUAUUCUUUACUAUUACAUUCCAGUUGGUUUUUAAAUCAGGAAUGGGACUGUUUACUUGAAGGGAAUCAUAAGCCA